CAAAAGCAGUUUCACAUCGGCGCUCUUACUUUUUAAAUUGCUCUCUGAUAUUUUAUCGGUGUCGGCUCUGUCGGCUCAGAAAACGCAACCAUCUUUCUUUCCCGGCUGUUCUUUUUGUCCGUCUGGAUUGAGUUUUCACGUCUUAUAACCAAUUUCAAACAACGAUAAAUAAUGGCUGCUUGUCCUCUUGCUUCUGAACGUGUUUGGGUUGAAAAAUCUCAAUAUCAAGACGCUGAACAGAAAUACUUCGAACAUUUAUCGAAGGCUGGUGGUGAAUGUACUCUCGUCAAUGAAAUAGCUAAGGCUCGUCAACACAUUAAGAAUUCACUUGAACGCAUGGACGGAAUCGCUGCACUAGCUUCAACACCUGGCAAGGAUGUUCUAGAUCGCAUUGCAUCUCUUGAAAAGGAAAAUGCGUCCCUUCGAGAAAUCGUCGAACAGCUGAAGAAAACCUCUUUGAAGACAGAAGAUCGCAUCAGUAAAUUGGAAUCACGAUUGCAGUCAGUAAGCAAUGGACCGGCUCAGGCAGCUCCAGCUCCAGCAGCCGCCAGUAAUAGUAAGUCAGAUGAUGAUGAUGGCGUUGAUCUAUUUGGCUCUGAUUCUGAGGACGAAGAUGAAGCUGCCGCAAAGAUUCGCGAACAGAGAUUAGCUGAGUAUGCAGCGAAAAAGUCAAAGAAGCCGGCUCUUAUUGCUAAGUCAAAUGUUAUCUUAGAUGUAAAGCCAUGGGAUGACGAGACUGACAUGAAGAAAAUGGAGGAAGAAGUUCGUAAAAUAUCCACCGGUCUUCUUUGGGGUGCUGCUAAAUUAAUACCGUUAGCGUUCGCAUACACAAACUGAGUAUUUCGUGCGUCGUAGAAGACGAUAAAGUGUCCAUUG